AUGGCGCCCAGCCGUACGCGCACCAUGAAAAACAAGAACGCCGCGCCCAAGGGCGCCGGUGGCAAAGGCGGCAAGCGCUCUGACACCGACGGCGUCUCCAAGUCUAAAGUGUCCAAAGCCCCCAGCUCCUCCAAGCAAGUCAAAGACAAGAGCGUCAGCGCCCUCUUCAAGAAGCGCAAGCCAAAGAAAUAUACCGAGGCCGAGCUGGGCGUUCCCACACUCAACAUGGUGACGCCCGUGGGCGUUGUGAAGCCCAAGGGCAAGAAGAAGGGCAAGGUCUUUGUCGAUGAUCGGGAAAGCAUGAACACCAUCCUCUCCAUCGUUCAGGCCGAAAAGAAUGGCCAAAUCGAGUCCAAGAUGAUCAAGGCCCGCCAGAUGGAAGAGAUCCGCGAGGCACGCCGAGCCGAGGCGGAAAAGAAGGACGAGGAGAGGCAAUCAAAACUCGAGAACGUCAAAGACUCGCUGCGACGCAAGCGCAAGAAGAAGACAACCGAAGUUGACGACGACAAUGUCAAGGAGUUUCUAUCUACUGGCAGCAAGGCCACCAAGGCAUCCAAGAAGAAGGUUGCAUUUGCAUAG